AUGGUGGGCUGGGGAGAGAGGUGCAUCUGGAGAGAGGGACAUCACUACACUGAUUUGGGGGAGGUUUCUGGAAAGACUCUGCAGCUUUGGGCUAGAAGAGCCAUCUCAUUGAGUGUUAAGAGCUCUGUGAAAACCUGGAAGCUGCAGCGGGGUGGAGUCAGCCAGAGUGCGGAAGAUGGACUGUGUGUACUGCAGAGGGCAGAACCGGAUGAGGAACCCAAACCCUUUGGAGGCGACCAGAAGAUAGAGCCAGUGACCUCUGAGGAUGUUGCUGUGAACUUCACUGUAGAAGAGUGGGCAUUGUUGGAUUCUACUCAAAAGAAGCUCUACAGUGCUGUGAUGGAAGAAACAUUUUUAAACCUGAUCUUCAUAGAGAAAGCACUAGAAGAAAAUAUUGAAGAGGACUAUAAAGAUCUCAGCAGAAAUACAAGAACUCUGGUGAUUGAGAAAGACUGUGGAUAUGAAUGCAGUAGUGAGUGUGAUAAGAACCAGAAACCUAUUACAGAGACUGUCGUCAUUAAAGACGUGAACCCAGGAGUAAGAGUUCAUCAAAGUCCAUUGCGUGUAAAAAACAUCAUUUGUCAUUCAUCCUCACAUGGGUAUCUCAGAGAACAACCUAGAGGGAUACGAUCUGUAUGUAAGGAAGCUAUGGCAAAAGAUUUUACACAUCAGAAACAUUGGAAACUCAUCAGUCAUUCUGAAUCACUUCUGGAACUGGAAACUUCUCCUAAGGAGAAACCCUGUAAAAGUCAACAAUGUAAUGAAACCUGUAGGAGUCUCUGUUUUGAUCAGCCUCAGGAGAGAACUCACACUGGAGAUAAACUCAAUGAGAAUGACUUAACAAGAUGCACAUAUGGCCAGAAUGAUGAAGGAAUCAAUAAAGAAGGGAAACCAUUUAUAUGUAAACUCUGUGAAGAAUCAGUCAUUCAUUCCAGUGACCUUAUCAGCCAUGAAAAAAGUCAUAUUGGAGAGAAAAGGUACAUUUGUAGUCAGUGUGGCAAAACAUUUAGUUAUGCAAAAUGUUUUGAAAACCAUGAAUUAACUCACAGUGGAGAGAAGCCUUGUGCUUGUAAACAUUUUGGAAAAGCCUUCACACAAUACAGUUAUCAUAACAAUAAUGAAAGCAGUCAUAUUGGAAAGAAUCCCUAUGCAUGUAGACAUUGUGGAAAAGCCUUCACCAGUUCCUCUUACCGAAACAUUCAUGAAAGAAUUCACACUGGAGAAAGGCCUUAUGCCUGUAACUAUUGUGGAAAAGCUUUCACCAGUUCUGCUUAUUGUAAUAUUCAUGAAAGAAUUCACAGUGGAGAAAAGCCUUAUGUCUGUAAGCAUUGUGGAAAAGCCUUCAGUGACCUAAGUCGCCGUAGCAGACACGAACGGAGUCACACUGGAGAGAAUCCUUACGCAUGUAAGUUUUGUGGGAAAGCCUUUAGUGACUCCAGUCGACGUAACAGGCAUGAAAGGAUUCACACAGGAGAGAAGCCUUAUACAUGUAAGUAUUGUGGAAAAACUUUCACUAAUUUUAGUUCAUGUAAAGGUCAUGAAAGAGUUCACACUGGAGAGAAGCCUUAUGUGUGUAAGCAUUGUGGAAAAGCGUUUACCCGCUCCAAUCAACUGCACGCUCAUGAAAGAGUUCACACUGGAGAGAAGCCUUAUGCAUGUAAACAUUGUGGAAAAACCUUCAAAACUUCUACUUGUCGAAACUUGCAUGAAAAAAUUCACACUGGAGAGAAAGACUUUGUCUGUAAAACAUGUGGGAAACUGUUCAUUCAGUCUAGUGAUCUUAACAAGCACGAACGAGUUCACUCCAAAGACAAGCCCUAUGCAUGUACGCAUUGUGGAAAAUCCUUCAGUACUCCAGUAGUCGUUACAGACAUGAAAGGCGUCACACUUGAGAAAAGCCUUAUGUGUGGAAGCCUUGUUGAAAAACCAAUUUCAGUUUGUGUAAGACUCCACAAUGGAGAGAAGCCUCAUGAAGUAAGCGUUGUGGAAAAGCCUUCACCCGCUACAGUCAUCUGAACAUUCAUGAAAUGAUUUACACUAGAGACAAGCCUAACUCAUGGAAACAUUGUGGAAAAACCUUCAACACUUCCGCUUGGUCUAACUUGCAUGAAAGAAAUCACACUGGAGAGAAACCUUCUGUGUUUAAAACAUGUGGGUUCAUUUAGUCUAGUGAUUUUAAAAGGCAUGAAAGCGUUCACUCAAAAAACAGGCCUUAUGCAUGUAAGAAUUGUCGGAAAGCCUUCAGCUGCUCUGGUGAUCUUACCAGACAUGAAAUGCUUCACACUAGUCGGUACCCUAAUGCUGCUGGUUAGCACUGUGGAUAACCUUCACUCUUUCCACUUUGUCCAAGAGUAAUAAAAACAUUCACAUUGGAGAGAAACCCUCUAUUCAUAAAGAUUUGGAAAACUAUUUCUUUGUUCUUAUUUUAUCAAAUAUAAACUAUCUCACAUUAGUGAGGAACCUUACCAAUAUUAGCAAUGUGGGAAAGCCUUCAACACUUCCAGUUUCUGUAACCCUCAUGUAAGAAUUUACACAGGAAAGAGGCCUAAUGCAUGUAUACAUUCAAAUAUUGUCAAAAGCCUUCAUAAGUUUCUUAUAGUCAGUUUUUUUCCCACUGGGGAAAGCUUUUAUGUUUUUAAUAAAUGUGGGAAAAAUGUU